AUGGCAGAGGAGACGCGCUUAUGGGAAUAUCCGCGGUUAUAUGACUGUGUGUGCACGUGUGUUUGUUUGGGUGCGUGGAAGUGCAGGAAAGCACAUGUCAAUGCAGAAAGGGAUUCGGCAGAUGUGUGGCCAAAUAAGUGGGGUUUCCUCACACACCUUUACGAGGAGGUACGGCCAUCAAUGUGUGUUGGUGCCUCCCCCCCGGUGCCGCAAACCAGUCAGGCAGUGAUUGGCUGGCGUUCAGCCCAUGCCCAUCUUGGUCUGGAAAUGUCUGGCAUGCUGCAACACGGCCGGCGCAGUUUUCUCAAGGAGCUCUGCUGGCCUCGACGGGUCUAACAGGAGGCAGAUGAACUGCAUUGGGUUCUUUCUUUUUCGUUAAGUUUGUUGCAUCUUAUACAGUAUCAAGCUUUUGACGAACAAGAGUUCUUGCGUUGUUACAGAAGCCUUAUUCCUUUUUAUGUCCUAGCCCUUCAAAUUCCAUGAUUUUUGUUCAAUGCAUAUGUCGG